AUGAAGUUCUUCGCAGCCUCCCUUUUCGCUUCUUUGGCUGUUGCAGCCCCUUUCGCAGCACCAGAGCCCACCGAUGCUGAAAUCGAGGCUCUCGUCGCUCGGGACGCUCUUGUCACUCGCCAAAUGGGCUCGAAGAAUGAGCUCGAACAAGGAGCCGCCGGUAGUUGCCCCAAGGCAAUUCUCGUCUUUGCGCGUGGCACCACAGAGCAGGGCAAUUUGGGCACUCUAGGCGCACCUCUCGGCAGCGCUCUUGAGCGCAAGUACGGUGCCGACCAGGUCUGGGUCCAAGGCGUUGGUGGCCCAUACGACGCAACUGUCCCAGGCAACCUCAUGUCGCGCGGCUCCACUCCUCAAGCUAUCGCUGAGAUGGGUCGCCUCUUGAAGAUGGCCAACACCAAGUGCCCAGACGCUAAGGUCGUUGCUGGAGGUUACUCUCAGGGUGCGGCUCUCGCUGCUGCCGCAGUCGGUGACCAAGAAGGCGCCGUGAAGGAGCAGAUUGUUGGAACGGUUCUAUUCGGCUACACCAAGAACAUGCAGAACCGUGGCCAGAUCCCCAACUAUCCCACUGACAGGACCAAGAUCUUCUGCGCCACCGGCGACAUGGUCUGCACUGGUACUCUCACCAUUACCGCUGCUCACUUGUCCUACGGUGAUGAGGCCAUGGGCGAGGCGCCACAGUUCCUGAUCAGCAAGAUCGGAGCUUAA